AUGAAGCCAAGAUUAAAUUUCAAAGGAGUAAAGAAUGAAAUAGAAUACUUUAAAAAGAAUAAUAUUAAUAGGAAUAUUAAGUUAGAUCUAAAUAGCUUUUUAAGUAUCUAUAAUAAAUCAACAACAUUAGAGAAUGAAUUGAAUAAAACCAAAAACGAGCAAACUAAACAACAAACGAAAGAGUUAAAACUUGUAAUAAAAGAAUUAGAAAAGAAUCUUAAGUUCGCGAAAGAUGAGUUAUUCGAUUUGACAUCUCAGAUACCAAACAAGUCACAUCCGAAGUCACCAAUAAAUAAUGAACCAAACGAGAUUCUUAGUGGAGGUCCAACAGCUACACCGUCAACACCACUAAGGGAUCAUUUGAAUAUCGCUAACAGAUUAAAUGCUAUCGAGAACGCUUCAGACAUUUCUGGAAAUGGUUUUACGAUACUGAAAGACGAGCUGGCAGUUCUAGAGCAUGCCUUAAUUCAAUUCAGUUUGAACAUCGCGGUGGAGAAUGGCUAUAAACUUAUCACUAUUCCAGAUAUUGUCAAGCUUGAUAUAGCAAACAGAUGUGGCUUUUUACCAAGAGAUAAUUCAUCUAAUCAGACAUAUUCAAUAACUAAUAGCUCAGAUAACCCUCUAUGCCUAGCUGGUACUGCUGAGAUUCCGUUAGCUGGUUUGCAUUACAACCAACUACUCAAUCAGAGUUCUUUACCUCUCAAAUACGUUGCUUGUGGUCAUGCCUUUAGAGCGGAGGCAGGUGCACGCGGUAGAGACACAAGAGGUCUUUAUAGAUUACACCAAUUCACGAAAGUGGAAUUAUUCUCACUUACAGAUGAGAAAUCAAGUGAUAGCAUGCUCGAGGAGAUAAUAAAUGUACAAAAGCAAGUCGUUGAAGCUUUAAACUUACCCUACAGAAUUCUUGAUAUGCCUACCCAGGAAUUAGGAGCGAGUGCUUAUCGGAAAUACGACAUAGAAGCGUGGAUGCCUGGCAGAGGCGAGUGGGGUGAAAUAUCCUCUGCAUCAAAUUGCAUUGACUAUCAAUCAAGAAGACUACUUAUCAGAUAUAAAGACACACAAAGUGGUGGAAAUAUCUUCGCACAUACACUGAAUGGUACUGCUGCUGCCAUACCUCGUUUGAUAUUAGCAUUAAUAGAGAAUGGCGCGGAGAGCGACGAGGAUGCUAACAUACGCUUGGCGUUACCAAAAGCCCUUCAAAAAUACUGGAUUGGCAAAGAAGAUCGCAUACGUUGGCAAUAACGAGAGCAGUACAUAGAAAUGAAUGUCCAUAGUUAGAUUCUUAGAUACAUAUUAAUUAAAAGAGAUUUCAAAGAUAGGAAUCACAAAUUACAAAAAAUAUUAAGAAGGUACUAUUAUCUAGCUUUAGAUAAGGAGGGCACCGACGAGUGAAGCAGCAGCAACCAUUGAGCCAGCAACUGCGUGUGAGACGGCACCAGAGUCAUCGUCUUGUGCGCUGCUGUCAGCAUUGUUUGAUGAAGAGUUGCUGCCAGAGGUUGGUGAUGACUUAGCUGAUGAAGAGGAUGAAGAUGAUGAGGUAGAGGAUGAUGAUGAUGAUGAUGAUCAUCACUGUCAUCCUUAUCAUCGCUGCUGUCCUUGUCGUCGGUGUUUGCAGGUCCACUUUCUGCGGCCUUACCGAGACAGUCAUCGUCGUCUGAGUCUCUGAUGGUGAGCUCAGAGCUGUAGUUGACAUCACCAGAUUCGUCGUUGACGGCCAAUGAAAUCUUUUGACCACCUGGUACGUUUACCUUCCAGUUGUAGGUACCAGUUGAGCCACUUUGCUUAGGGAAGGCUUCGAGUGGUUCACUGUUGGUUAUUAGACGUUAUUUGGUGUAUUGUUAAUAACACUCACGCUGCAACUUCACCAGCUGGAAUGACAGUGAUGUAGAUAUCACCUUCACCUUCGGUCCACUUGAUCUAUUGACGCGUCGUUAGAAAGAAACACACGCGUAAAGUGCUCACUUACAGCAAUGUUACGACAUUGAGUGAUUUGUGGUGGUGAAGUGAUCUUUGCUGCCAAUGCGGAACUAUGUUUGUUAGCUUUGUCAUCCACUGACAGCUGUCACUUAUAUACUCACGCGAGGAGUGCUGAGGUUGCUGCGAUGUACUUCAUUUUACGACUGAUGCUAAAGA